AGCUCCCCGCGGGUCUCGGUGCAGCAGGAUCCCCCCGAUGGCCGGCCGCCUGGCGUGCUGGCUGCUGCUUUGGGCGCUGGGGCAGGGGGGCUGCCACACACUCCCCGCGGAGGAGGAAGGUGCCAGCCGCAAGCCCAGGCCCACGGCGGCUGCCCUGGCCAUCGCCUCCCCCAGCAGGGACCCCCCGGGGAGCUCGUCGCCUUCCCCGGCGCUGGGCAGCCUAGCUCAGGACGCGGUAGCUGUCCACAUGCUUAAACUCUACGAGAAGUACAGCCGGGAAGGCAGCCGGCCUGGGGACGGCAACACGGUGCGCAGCUUCAAAGCCAGGCUGGAGCUAUUGGACCAGAAGCCCCAGUACUGCUUCAAUCUGACGUCCAUGCAGGACUCAGAGUUAAUCCUCACCGCCACAUUCCACUUUUACUCAGACAAGCGCCCCCGGCACCGGGAAGUGUUCUGCAAACGCUCCAAGAACUCAUCCUGUCGCCUCCUCCAUUUGCCCCAGAUCCCACGGCUCAGCCUCUUUUUCCGAAGCAUUCUCCAGAACUCCGCCUAUGGGCUGGUGAAAAGCAAUGUCACAGUGUUCCUCCACAGGCGGGGGGCUUGGCAGAUGAAGGACAUCUCCCACAUCAUAAAGGAAUCUAAACGGGAUGGUGAGCUCAUCCUCUGUGUGGAGCUUGACUCUGGAGAGAAAUACCAGGGCUUUGCCGAACAGCAAACCAAUCACUUACCGUACAUACUGGUUUAUGCUAAUGACUUGGCCAUAUCGGAACCCAACAGUGUGGCCAUGACUCUACAGCGAUAUGACCCAUUCCCUUCCAGUGAUGGGGAUCCCAGCCUAUCCCCCAAUGCUUCCACAGACACCCGGGUCAGGAGGGACAUAUUUCUUUCCAGCUCCAUCCAGAACAACGAGCUACCGGAGGUGGAAUAUAACAACAACAAAUACAACAAACAUGACAUAUGGGAAAGUGCCUACAAGUCCCUAAAACCCAAAACCUCACGCAAGGACCGGAGGAGGAAAGGGCAAGAAAACACAGAGGUGCUCUCAAAAUCUCAGAUGCUAAAUUUUGAUGAGAAAACCAUGAAGAAAGCCAGACGAAAACAAUGGAACGAGCCCAGGAUUUGCUCUAGAAGAUACAUGAAAGUGGACUUUGCCGACAUUGGCUGGAAUGAAUGGAUCAUAUCUCCCAAGUCAUUCGAUGCAUAUUACUGUGCUGGGGCUUGCGAGUUUCCAAUGCCCAAGAUUGUCCGGCCAUCGAAUCAUGCCACAAUCCAGAGCAUUGUAAAAGCUGUGGGAAUCAUUCCAGGCAUUCCCGAACCCUGCUGCGUUCCUGACAAGAUGAACUCCCUCAGCGUCCUGUUCUUAGACGAGAACAAAAAUGUGGUUUUAAAAGUGUACCCCAAUAUGUCUGUGGAGACCUGUGCCUGCCGAUAAGUCUAUGCCAAUGCUCCUUUAAGGAGACCAGUGCCCCCUGCCCGGCUACACUGGGAAAGUUGUGAAUGGGAAAUCAAUUGGCCUGUGUUUAUGAAUGAAUGCAGGUGUACAACUCCAUCCGCAGAAAGAAUGAGGAGACUCUAAAGUAAUACACAAGCUCCCCUCAAAAGAUCUCCCUUAAUGUCACCAUGUGUCUUGCAAAUUAACAGGGAUUCAGCAGCCAGAAAUUCCCCACUUUAA